CUCAGGAACUAGGCAGUUGUCCGGCGACUUUCAAACCACGCGGUUCGUUAUGGAGAACAGUGCGUGCCGCAAGAAUUAUUAAGUGACACGUCGGUUGUGACUUUGUGAAAUGUUUGUCCACCUGAAUUCCAAAAUACGGACUACUUUUCGUACAUGACGACGACGACGAAGGCAGCGAUCUGGUGGUGGCAGUGACGCUGGAAGACGGCCAACCCAUGCAGCUACCAACAGGACAAUGGCCUCUGCCUGUCGCAAGUACCUCAGCGUCUUCUUGUUUGCUCUCGUACAUGAAGCAGUGCACUCACAGCUCCCCGACAACCGGUGUUUCCUGCAGAACGGGGGUUCAGCGGAGAGUUUCUUUGUUAGCGAAGACCAGCCUGUAGGAGCUGAGAUCGGUACGUUACGAAUCUACGGCGAUCCCAGUGACCGCGGUGGCAACAUCGUCCUUAGAUUAAAAGAAUUGGACAGUCCGGUGAGAAUUGUUCCAGGAACGAAGAAUCUGACACUCACACGACGUCUGGACAAAGAGGGUGUGGACGGUCCCUCUUCUGUGUACGUGAAUGUGAUCUGCGACAGGAAGAGGACUGCGGACCCGGGAUUCGUGAUUCCUGUGAACAUUCGAGUAACGGAUGCAAACGACAAUGCGCCACAGUUCAUAAACGCUCCGUAUGUUCUCAACAUCUCAGAGGUGACGGUAGUGGGCACGCGGGUCCUCCAAGGUGUGCGGGCCGUCGACGCCGAUCAGCAAGGACCUUAUUCUACGGUUCAGUACUCUGUGUUACCAGGACCACAUGCGGAUUAUUUCGUGUUCGUGAACGGUCUGGAAGGCACCUUGCUUCUCAGAAAGCCGCUCGAUUAUGAGACUCUGUCCAAUUUCUCUAUCGCCAUCAGAGCACAGGAUCAAGGAUCCCCGCCUCAGAGAUCGGACACAGUUCUGUAUGUUAAUGUGAUCGACGCCGACGAUCAGAAUCCGAGAUUUUACGACGAUCGAUACACAGCAAUCCUUCCCGACAACCCUUUGCAGGAGACACGCCUGCUGAUACAGCCUCGAGAAAUUGCGGCCUAUGAUCAGGACCUUGGGAUCAAUGCUGACAUAUAUUACUCAUUCAAUUCGGAAGGAACUGACUACAGAUAUUUCGAUAUAGACCGAAACUCCGGUCACGUGACCAUUAAGAGAUCCAUUCCAGAUGACGACCUCACACAGCCAGCAACACUUGUUGUCAGGGCUACACAGUACGACAACCAAGACAGAUACGCUCUGGCCACACUGACAGUGAGUCGAGCAGGAUCAGUUCCGAGAGAACUACAGUUCCUACAGAAGAACUAUCUCAUCAGUGUCCUGGAGAAUGCUCCUGUGAACAGCAUUCUACUCACCGUCGUCACUAACAAACCUCGGGACAAGAGACUGCGAUUCUGGCUUAAAGACACUGUGCACCCGGGAAUGUUCAGUGUGAACUCAGCUGGGGACAUAAUCCUCAGACAACAACUUGACUACGAGACGGAGGAUUUCUACAGCUUUCUCGUGCACGUCACUGAUGGUAGAACGAACGAUACGGCGAAGGUAAAUAUCUCUGUACUGAAUGUCAAUGACUGGGAUCCAAGGUUUCGCUACCCGCAGUAUGAGUUUUUCGUGUCGAACCCUGGAGUGUCUGCUGGUGACGUUGUUGGACGAGUUGAGGCAGCAGAUGGUGACAGAGGUGACUUUAUCACUCUGUCACUCCGAGGACCUGGAGCUAGGAUGUUCGACAUCACUGAUACGGGAGACAUCAUUCUGGUGGACAUGACACUGCUCAAUGGCAGCACAGUGCAUAUGGUAGCAGUUGCCACUGACACUGGCAUCCCUCCAAGACAGGCAACAGUGCCCGUGAUAGUCCACUUCCCAGAGAGUGUGGUGCAGACAGCGGGUACCACUAGCUUCUUGCUCAUGGCAGUGUUCGGAUCCCUGCUCGGCCUCCUGGGACUCAUUAUCAUCUUGCUAAUCUUCUACAUCUACAAGCACAAGAGAUCGAAGUCCGGAAAUCGUGCUGGAACAAAAGGCUACAUGAAUAAUCCAAUACAACGCGAGAAACUGACCUCCGGAGGAGCAGACAAGGUAGAUAACCCGAUGUUCCACAACCAGCAGGACGGUGGGUCAUAUCAGACGGCCACAGUGAAAAGUAUAAUGGCGAGGAACACUUCUUCGAGGGAAAGCGUCCGAGGAAAGUGCUCGAAUCCUCUGGCCCAGGGACUGAGCUCUGGCAAACACAAAGUGGCUCCAGCGCCACCUCAACUGCCGGAUGACGCCAGGACGCCGACACCGACGAUCGACAACAACAACCAACUAAAGAAUGGAAUCAACUGGCCAAGUGGCUCGAUUCCCCGGCGAGUCAAGAAACUCAGCUGGGACGACGAAUCAAGUCAGCAGAGGAAGCUUGAAAUGGAUCCGGAGGUGAGCGUUACGCCGCUGGCAGUACAAGAGGAACAGUCCUCGGACCAAAUGAACCUCACUGUUUAUUUCUAACGUCAACUAUGACAAUAACGCAGCUUCGUCCAAAGAUAAACCAAUAAUCAAUUUCUUUUUUCGUAAAUAAUCGAGUGAUAAUAGAAGAAAAUUCAGAGACAUGAGUUCAUGUUUGAAAGUGCAGAGUUUCUGAAACAAAAGUGAUAGCAAUAAAUAGAAUAAAACGAACUAAUGGCAUUGUCCACGUCUGCAUAUGAGCAGCUACCCCUUUGUUCGAAUUGUGGUGUGACAAUACUCUUAGCGUAUUUAUGUGAAGUGCUCAUAUACGAGAGGUGAUUUUAAUAUACUGCUUUGUAACUCACAGCACAGACAAUAAUUAUUCCUGUACAUCAAUAGAAGUGCCUUGCCGUCUGCUUUACAACGAUGUCGUAUCCCGAGUGGUGUGUGUGUGUAAACUGCGUCAAUUGAAGAUCUCAAGUAGCAUAGAACCAUAAUUACAGCUCUGAACCAGUUAUGCAUAUUUUAUUACAAUUUAUUAAUCACAUUUAAUGGCGUUACUAAACACGUCAGAGUGGACUGCUGUACAUUUAAAACAGAUUUUCGUUACGAAAAGGUAUAAUUUGUACCUACAUAAAGUGUUUUAAAUAAAUAGACUCUAAACGUUUA